AUGGCAACUAUCGAAGACUCAGCGACAAAAAAGUAUCGCGAUGUUGACCAUGCACAAGUCACAUCAAUCCUCCCAGACGGCGACGUGCCCAUAACCGAUCAUAUCCUUGCCUCUGACGAUGCCGUCCUCGUGGCAUUGGGUUACAAGCAGGAAUUCAAGCGCGAGUUUUCUUUGUGGACAACCUUCUGUGUCAGUUUUGCCGUGUUGGGACUUUUGCCCUCUUUUGCCAGUACAUUGUACUAUGGCAUGGGAUAUGCAGGUACAGGCGGUAUGGUUUGGGGCUGGUUGAUUGCCAUGGUUUUUAUCCAGUGUGUUGCUAUGGCUAUGGCCGAGCUGUGCUCUGCUAUGCCCACGAGUGGAGGUCUAUAUUAUGCAGCAGCUGUUCUCGCACCCCCCGGCUACGGCCCCUUUGCAGCCUGGAUCACAGGCUGGUCCAACUGGAUCGGACAAGUGACAUCUGCUCCAUCAGUUGACUAUGCCUUGGCCGCCAUGAUCCUCGCUGCAGGCAGUAUCGCGAACCCGGAUUACGUCCCCACAACCUGGCAGACAUAUCUACUCACUGUGUUCAUUCUCAUCAUUCACACCGUGAUUAGCAGUAUGCCCACCAAAUGGAUCGCAACAAUCAACUCGUGGGGAUCAACAUUCAACAUUAUCGCACUGGUCAUCACCCUCAUCACUAUCCCAGCAGCGACUAGCAACAUCCCCAAAUUCACAUCCGCGAAGGAUGUCUGGGGCACAAUCUACAAUGGCACCGAUUACCCAGAUGGUGUUGCCAUCCUCAUGUCCUUUGUAGGCGUCAUCUGGACCAUGUCAGGCUACGACUCCCCCUUCCAUUUAUCAGAGGAAUGCUCCAACGCCAACAUCGCAUCUCCACGUGCCAUCACAAUGACAUCCGCAGUCGGCGGUCUGCUAGGCUGGUUCCUGCAGCUCGUCGUCGCCUACACCGUGACCGAUAUCGAUUCCGUCAUAAGCUCUGAUCUAGGCCAACCAUGGGCUUCAUAUCUGCUACAGGUACUGCCACAACAGACGGCAAUGGCAAUCCUGGCUUUGACAAUCGUCUGCGGCUUCUCAAUGGGCCAGGGAUGCAUGGUCGCCGCCUCGCGAGUGACAUAUGCCUACGCCCGCGAUGAUUGUUUCCCGCUUUCAGGCUUGUGGAAGCAAGUGAACCCCCGCACACAAACACCCGUCAACGCAGUCGUCCUCAACUGCGUCCUCGGUAUUCUCAUGUGUCUGCUGAUUUUCGGCGGCACAGUCGCUAUCGGUGCUCUGUUCAGCAUCGGCGCAAUCGCACAGUUCAUUGCCUUCGCAAUCCCCAUCGCGAUUCGCGUGUUCAUUGUCGGCGAUAGGUUCAAGCCCGGCCCCUGGAACCUGGGUAAAAUGAGUAAACCCAUCGGUGCCACGGGCGCCAUGUUUGUGUUCCUCAUGUUACCUAUCCUGUGUUUGCCGAGUGUGACGGGUAAUGAUUUGACGGCUGAUUUGAUGAAUUGGACGUGUUUGGUGUAUGGCGCCCCGAUGUUGGCGGUUUCGAUUUGGUGGGUGAUUGAUGCGAAGAAGUGGUUCAAGGGUCCCAAGGUUAAUGUUGAGCAUUCUUUGUAUGGGGUUCAUGAUGUUGCGGGUGUGCCCCCUCCUCAAGAUGAGGCUGACAAGGAGGAAGAUACUACCAUUACUGGCUCCAAGCAUAGCGCUGAUAGUAAAGAUGUUGUGUCUUGA